AUGCGAAAUAGAAGAGGCACAUGUUCAGAUGAAGAAAUGGAAGACAAGAGAUGGAGAAAAAUUUGGGAUCUUGAAGUACCAGGAGUGGUAAAGUUAUUCUUAUGGAAAGCAAGAAGUAAUUUGCUACCCACCAAGAAGAACUUAUUCAAAAGGAAAGUUGUGCAAGACCCAAGAUGCCCCAUCUGUUUUGCAAAAGAAGAGUUAGUUGUGCAUGCUCUUUGGGAAUGCACAGCAGCAAACGAUAUUUGGGCUGAUGAGAGAAGUAUAGUUCAGAAAUGGAGUUGCAAGGAGGAGGACUUUAUGGAGUUGUGGGAGAAACUGAUGGCAAGAUUGAAUAUGUCCCAACUUGAAGAGAUGACAGUUCUUUUCAAGAGAGUGUGGUUCAAGAGGAAUGAAAGUGUAUUCGAGGAGAGACUAUCUUGUCCUAGAAAAAUACUUAUUUCAGCUAAAGAAGGACUUGAAGAGUACAAGAAGUCACAAAGGAUACAGAGGAAGGAUGACCAUCCAUCAAGUGCAGCUAGUAAUAGACAUAAAUGGCAGAAACUAGAGGCUGAUUUUGUUAAGGUUAAUUGGAAUGCAUCACUAGACUUGAAGAGUAAGAGAAUGGGAAUGAGAAUUAUGAUUAGAGACGAGAAGGGAGAGGCAAUGGUGGCUGUAUGUGAUCAGAGGAAGUAUGUUCAGAACCCAACAAUGGCAGAAUGUCAUGCACUCUGGAAGGCAUUGGAGUUGUGUAAUGAUUUAAAUAUUCAAAAGGUUCUGUUUGAAGGAGAUGCCAAUGGUAUUGUUACAACAGUCAAUAGUGAGGAGGAGGAUUUGUCCAGUGUUGAUCCUUUAGUUGAAGAUAUGCGUUCAGUGUUCAAAAAUAGGCCAAAUUGGUCUUUACAAUUUGCAUAUAGAGAAAAGAAUAUAGUAGCUUAUACACUAGUUAUGGAAGCUUUGAAGUUAGUAGAAGUUAAAAUAUGA